GCCAGUCCUACAGUGAUUCUCCUCUGCUCAUUUAAUCCCAGAAUCUCUCACUGUCAUUUGCACAAUGCGACCCAAUGUUGAUUCCCUCUCGAGAGUCUCAAAAGAAGAGUUGUACGGAUUUGUCUGUCCUGAUUGCAUGGUUUCUCUGGAAUCACCAGAUGCACUUCUACAGCACUUCGAGUCCACACAUGAUGGAACCAAAAAACUAGCAGACAAGUCGGAAAGCCAGUCACCGGGAACCGUUCCUUCUAAUAGGACAACACUGGGAAUCCCACAUGGUGUGGUCCCCACAGUAACAGAUACAGAUCAUCCUGAUGGCCAACAGAGGCAACGACACGACUUGUUGGAAGAAAUGUCCAAACUUAAUAAUACGCUUAUUCAGAGAAUCGCUUCAGACGGCAACCGGACAUCUGAACUUGAGCGCAUUCUUGAACUGCUGCUCGACGGAACUCCACUCCCAUCUUCUUUCACAUUUAGCGACCAGUUAAUGAAAACCAAGGUCGAACGUUUUCUAGAAAAACAGCUCAUUGGAGCCACAACGGAAUCGGCGCUUCAGGAUUCAAACGCACAGCUAAAAGAAAAGGAGGAGGAGAUUGCAGUUCUGCAAUCGCAGUUGGUAUCAAAAGCAACCAAAGACUUCAGCAGUCAAACGGACGCAAGGUUGUCGGAGGACGUAGCCGUUCAAACUGCGCAAAGUGACUUAGACCAGAACUUUCUGCAGACCGAGCUGCAGCGGUUGCGAAACGAAAAUAACAAUAUUAAUGAGGAGGUAUCAAUUUGUCGAACACAAUGCUCCGAGUUGGAAAGAAAACUGGAGGUUUGUUGUGUGACUGCGACAGAGUGUGCGGCUUCUGUGGUCGUCUCUCCAGAAGCAGCUAUUUUCCUUUUUUCCUCCGCACAGGUACCAACAGAUGACAAUCAAUUGAUUGACACUGGCGUUAAAAAUGCUGCGGUUGAGGAACUUAUGUCUCAAGUUCAACUUCUCCAACAACGGCUGGGCCAAAGCGAAUCCCUGCGAAAUUCUGAACGCAGUGCCUCAAUAGCUCAGUUGGAUGCCAUCAAUUCAUCUAUGCUGGAAGCCAAAUUGCGGGCUGAAGAAGCUGAACGUACUACUUCGAAACUGCGUGCUGAUCUUGAGAGGAAAGGCGAUGAACUAACUCAACAAGCUCUGGCAAUUGUAACUUUGCAAAAGGAUUUGGCACAGUUGCAUCACACGCACCAAACAACGGUGGACCAGCUCUCGCAAAGUUGCACAGCUGUCCAGACACUAGAAUUUCAAAUGGCCGAGCUGAAGCGGAAACACGAAUCUGAAAUGGAGACGCAAAUGGCCAAAAUGCAAGGUUUGUCGAAUUCACUGUCGUCCAUGCAAACUGAACGCGACUUGUUGCGAGCUCAAUGUGACGAACUCGCGGGCCAGGUAACUCAGCAUUUGGCUACUAUUGAGAGUGCUGAAGCGAAACUUACUGAAUCUCGCCAGCAACUGGAAUUCGAAUUGGAACAGGCACGUUCCCAACUGUCUGUGUCGAAGAAGGAGGCAGAUUCACUCAUGGAGCGUUUGAUCAAAUCGGAAGAUCAAGUCACAACGCUGAGAGAUGAACUCGGUAGGCAGGUGAACGAAGUCGAGUGUUUGAACAAGGCCAUUUUUGAACUGGGAAGAGAAAACCAAUCGCUCCAGAUCUUGCGUGAACGGGUGACUAGCCGCCAGUGGACCAAAGAUGAUGACGCGCCUGCUUGCGCUAGUUGUAACCGUGAAUUUUCCAUCAGCAACCGACGCCACCACUGUCGAAAUUGUGGUGGAGUAUUCUGUCAUCCGUGCUCGUCAAACCGUGCAUCCACUGCGGCCAGUAAGGAUCCUGUUCGAGUUUGUAACCAUUGCUACUCGGAGCUAACACGAUGAAUUCCCCUCCAAACACUCCACACACUUUAGUGGCCAUUUUGACUGCGGUCCCAUGUAUGGACUCAUCCAGUCACCAGAUUUAAGAUGUCUGUUUCCCUUAUCCAUACUCUUUCGCUUUUGUUUUUUAUUUGCAUUCGGCACUCAUCAUGUUCUUUCUGCGUCUGUUCUGCUUAAUUCUCAUUGGACUAUCCUGUGCAAGGUAAUUUUUUUCAACAAGGUCUUUUCUGAAGUUCGGGCGUGUUGUUGCUAGAAUAUAACAUCCUUAAUGCUGUCAAACUGCCCCCUUACAUACGAUAAGGUUAUCCAUGUGUUCAACAGCCUUCCGC